AUGACCAUGAACUACCAACCUAUGAGGAACACCAAGCACAACUGGAAUCCUCCCAACCUCGAAAAAGGGCCCCCCGAGAUCCUCACUGCUGAAGCCGACCCCGUCGGACCAACCACCUUCCUCCAAGAAGAGUUCGAUGACACCCUGAAUGCUCCGUGCCCCUUCCACAAGGAUGCACAUCACAAUCUCCGAGACUGCACAGUCCUCAAGAAAGAGCUCAACGCCUCGGUGGAGUACAAGCGACCUCACCACAACGACUACCGUAGGGAUGGCAUUCGUCGUGACAACCGCCGCCACAAUGACCGUGAUGACCGCGACAAUCGUCACCACGACGAUCACCACCGCAACGAUCGUGACCACCACCGUGAUGAUCGCGACGAUCGUGACCGCCGCCACGAUGACCGCGACAACCACUGA